AUGCAAAAAUCAAAAGACAAAUCAUUUUCCCGAUCUUCAAUAAAUUCAGCAGCUCACCAAGUUUUAGUUGCAUCUCCCAUACUAACCCCCCCUCCGUGAGCGAACAAAACCAUUGGAAAAAUCCCUAUUUUUUGCCCAAAGACCCACCUUCCUUGAGCGAGCAAUAAUUUUUUAUGGACUAAAAAAUUGAUAUAUAAGUGAUGAAUAUUAUAACGAAAUCUCGAGCUAAUUCUGUUUAAUUUUAAAAAAUUUGCGUUUUAAAAAUAAAUUUUACAAAUUAAAUUAAUAUUUGCCUUCCAAUUUCCCGAGAAGUGAGAUUUUUUUAAAUUCCGAAAAAAAAUUGACCUCUCCGUGAGCGAACAAGAUUUUUUGUUCACUCACGGAGGGGGGAGUAAGAGAUUUCACGCCAGAUAAAAUCUCAAGAGCUAAUGGGAACACUUUGCAACAGCAAAUAGAAAAAUUAAUAAAAGAAAACCAAGAAAAAGAUCAGAUCAUUAUAUCUCUACAAAGGAAUUAUGAAGGGGUCAGCAAGAUUUUUAAAGAAGAAAAAGGGAAAACAUAUGAAAGCAAUGACAAAAUAAUUAUUUUGGAAGGCGAAAAUUCAAUGCUACAAGCCAAAGUUCAGAUUUUAGAAACACAGAAAUUCAGCAUUACGAGAGAGCUUGAUAAAGCCUUAGAAGACCUUGAUAAGCUAAACAAAUGCUAUGAAGAAAUAAGAAUAAUAAAAAUUGAAAACCAGACUCUAAAAGGGCUAAUUGAGAAUAGAGUAAUAUUGAUAUAGAAAAAUGAUAUCGAAGAAGUUCAAAGAAAAUGCGACAUAGCUAAAGGAGAGGCUGAUGCUUUGAAAAAGGUGAAAACUGAUUUAGAGUCUUCUUUAAAGAAAACUAAAUCAGAUUUUGAUGAACUUCUACAGGAAAAAAACAAAAUAUUAGAAGAGUUAAAUAGCCUAAAACAAAUCAAUGAAGAUUUAACACACAGCAGCAAAACAAAAUAUGAGACUAUUGAAAGACUAAAAACAGAAAACGCAACCUAUAAAGCUAGAGAGCAUCAGCUAUUGAUUCAAAUUUCAAAUCUUAAAGAAAAGAUUAAUGAAGAAAAAGAAUCACAUAUAACAGCAAGAGGAAAAAUUUCAGAAUUAAGCUCAGCAUAUCGUGAGCUUCAGGAGCAAUUACUUAUUAAAGAAACUUUAUUUAAAGCUCAGAAAAAUUCAGCAGAAAAAAUUUCUGAAUUGGAAGAGAUUAUAGCCAAAAAAGAUUCUGAAAUAGAAAAUUUAUUGAAAGAAAAUGAAAACCUUCAAUAUUUGCACCAAAAAGGCGCAAACGAUUCAAGCAGGAUUAGUAGAGAAUCUUUGGAUAUUAAAAUGGAAUAUGAAAAUUAUAAAGCAAAUAUUGAAAGUCAAAAUCAAUUAAGCAGUGAAAAAGUCAAUAGCAUUAUUACAAUUAAAAUAGAGGAGCUCUGGUAAUGGUAGUUCCGUUACUUUGGACUCAGUGAAGGGGAAAUUAGGUUCUUCUGAGAAUUUGCAUAAAAGAGACGCUAUCCACUGGCACUGGGUAGCGAAAGAUGAGUGCUCUUUGAUGCUAGGGGCGAAUGAAGCUCUAAUGGUCGUGUAACUGCCAAUCCGUUGCUCAGAGCGAAACUCGAAUCUCACGUAAAAGGCUUCAGAAAAUAGAAGAGCAAGCUGUUUUUUAAGGGUUUUCUUACUAACUAACUAAUAGCAUUAUCAAAAUAUUUAUGAAAACUGAAAUUCAAUGCAGAGACCUAGAAAUGGAAAUAGAUAUUCUGCCAAAAGAUGAGGAAAGAAGAUACAUGGACAUUGGAAUUUUGAAUGGAGAAUUAGGAAAUAGGCUAAAUUAUUUGCAUAAUCAAGCAGAUGAGCUGUGCAAAGACAAAAUUUUGCUUCUUAAUGAAUUAAAAAAUUCACCAAAAGGAAAUUUCAUAUCUCAGGAUUUAUAUGAUCUAACAAAUAAGCAUAAAAAUGAAAUAGAAACAAAGCUUAAAGAUGCGGAGGAAAAGAUUGAAAGCUUAAAUCACGAGCUUUUAUUUGCAAAAAGAAAAGCAAAACAAGCUGAGCAUUUUAUUGAAAAGAAAGACAGCAUGAUUGCGUCUUUAAAAGAGACAAAUGAAAAACUUGAAUUGGAUCUCAAUGAAUACCGUAACAAAAUUGAAGAGUUAAAUAAGGAAUUAAAUCAAAAAAAUAAAGACUUUGAGCCGCUUGUUAGAAAACUAAAGAAAAAAGUCGAAAAAAUGGCAAAUUUAAAAGCUGAGCUGAGCGUGUUAAACCCAAGACUUCCUAGUCUUAAUGAAGAACUUGCUAAAAUAAAGGCAGUUUUAAGCAGCCGCAAUGCUGAUAUAUUAAGCCUAAAUUCAAAAAUCAAAUCUCUAAAUGAACAGAUUUUCGAAGAGCAAAAAGCUCAAGCUCAGUUACAGAGGGAUCUUGCAGCUAAAUCUGCAGAAAUCGCAUUAUAUUAUCGUAAGAGCAGAAAAAAGCCUAGUGGAGUAGUUGAAAGCACAACAGAAAUUUUAGAUAGAAUAGAGUACUUAAAAGAUGAAUUAGACAAAUACAAGCCUUCCAAAACUGAAGAAAAUAAAACUAGAAGCCCUUAA